CCUUUCCCCGACGCAGGCCGCCCGGCGGCCGUGACAAUGUUGCGGGGCUGGUAGCUGGGCGCCCGCCGUCGAGCCAUCUCAAGUUUAAACUUAUACGAAUCGCCCUUUUGAGGAGGAGGGGACCGCCGCACGACUGACACGCGUAUUCCGAUAGGCAUCCUCCCUCAGCCCCCACCCCACGGCCGGAUUCGGGUGGCUCCUCUCUGAGCUGAAAUCCGAGAAGAAAUCCUUGGAUCUCUUGUUUUCUUUAAAAAAAAAAAAAAAAUCUAGAAGCUGUCGGUGUUUUGCUUUACUGCUUCCUAUUCGCAAGAUGAAGAAGUUUUUCGACUCCCGGCGAGAGCAGGGCGGCUCUGGCCUGGGCUCCGGCUCCAGCGGAGGAGGGGGCAGCACCUCGGGCCUGGGCAGUGGCUACAUCGGAAGGGUCUUUGGCAUUGGGCGACAGCAGGUCACUGUGGACGAGGUGUUGGCGGAAGGUGGAUUUGCUAUCGUGUUUCUGGUGAGGACAAGCAACGGAGUGAAAUGUGCCUUGAAACGCAUGUUUGUCAACAAUGAAUAUGACCUCCAGGUGUGCAAGAGAGAAAUCCAGAUCAUGAGGGACUUGUCAGGACACAAGAACAUUGUGGGUUACAUUGAUUCUAGUAUCAACAAUGUGAGUAGUGGUGAUGUAUGGGAAGUGCUCAUUCUGAUGGACUUCUGUAGGGGAGGCCAGGUGGUCAACCUGAUGAACCAGCGCCUGCAAACAGGUUUUACAGAGAACGAAGUGCUUCAGAUAUUUUGUGACACCUGUGAAGCUGUUGCCCGACUCCAUCAGUGCAAAACUCCUAUUAUUCACCGUGACCUGAAGGUUGAAAAUAUCCUCUUGCAUGACCGAGGCCACUACGUCUUGUGUGACUUUGGAAGCGCCACCAACAAAUUCCAGAAUCCACAAACUGAAGGAGUGAAUGCAGUAGAGGAUGAGAUUAAGAAAUAUACAACCCUGUCCUAUCGAGCACCAGAAAUGGUCAACCUGUACAGUGGCAAAAUCAUCACUACGAAGGCAGACAUUUGGGCUCUUGGAUGUUUAUUGUAUAAAUUAUGCUACUUCACUUUGCCAUUUGGGGAGAGUCAGGUGGCAAUUUGUGAUGGAAACUUCACAAUUCCAGAUAACUCUCGAUAUUCCCAAGACAUGCACUGCUUAAUUAGGUAUAUGUUGGAACCAGACCCUGACAAAAGGCCGGAUAUUUACCAGGUCUCUUACUUCUCAUUUAAACUGCUCAAGAAAGAAUGCCCAAUCCCGAAUGUACAGAACUCUCCUAUUCCUGCAAAGCUUCCUGAGCCAGUGAAAGCCAGUGAGGCAGCUGCAAAGAAGACCCAGCCAAAGGCCAGAUUGACAGACCCCAUUCCCCCCACAGAGACUUCUAUUGCACCUCGCCAGCGGCCUAAAGCUGGGCAGACUCAGCCGAACCCAGGAAUCCUCCCCAUCCAGCCAGCCCUGACACCUCGAAAGCGGGCCACUGUUCAGCCCCCGCCUCAGGCUGCAGGAUCCAGCAAUCAGCCUGGUCUUUUAGCCAGUGUCUCCCAACCAAAAACCCAGCCCCCUCCCAGCCAACCUCUACCACAAUCCCAGCCUAAGCAGCCACAGGCUCCGCCCACCCCACAGCAGCCACCUUCCACUCCCGCCCAGGGUCUGCCCACCCAGGCCCAGGCCACACCCCAGCACCAGCAGCAACUGUUCCUCAAGCAGCAGCAGCAGCAGCAACAACAGCAACAGCAACAGCAACAACAACAGCCCCCACCACCAUCACAGCAGCCAGCAGGCACAUUUUACCAGCAGCAGCAGCAGCCGCAGACCCAGGCUCAACAGUUUCAGGCAGUACACCCAGCAACCCAGCAACCAGCAGUCGCCCAGUUCCCUGUGGUGUCCCAAGGAAGUUCUCAACAGCAGCUGAUACAGAACUUCUACCAGCAGCAGCAGCAGCAGCAGCAGCAGCUGGCCACAACCCUGCAUCAACAACAGCUGCUGACUCAGCAGGCCGCCUUGCAGCAGAAGCCCACUGUGGCAGCAGGGCAGCAGGCCCAGGCACAGCCGGCCGCAGCCCCGCAGCCGGCCCCUGCCCAGGAGCCGGCGAUUCAAGCCCCAGUAAGACAACAGCCAACAGUUCAGACAACCCCUCCUCCUGCUGUCCAGGGACAGAAACUCGGAUCUCUCACUCCUCCAUCAUCCCCCAAGACCCAACGUGCUGGACACAGGCGGAUUCUCAGUGACGUCACCCACAGCGCAGUCUUUGGGGUCCCUGCCAGCAAAUCAACCCAGCUGCUCCAGGCAGCCGCAGCCGAGGCCAGUCUCAAUAAGUCCAAGUCUGCAACUACCACUCCAUCAGGCUCUCCUCGAACCUCCCAGCAAAACGUUUAUAAUCCUUCAGAAGGUUCUACAUGGAAUCCCUUCGAUGAUGACAAUUUCUCCAAACUCACAGCUGAAGAACUGCUAAACAAGGACUUUGCCAAACUGGGGGAAGGCAAACAUCCUGAGAAACUUGGAGGCUCAGCUGAGAGUUUGAUCCCAGGUUUUCAAUCAACCCAAAGUGAUGCUUUUGCCACUUCUUCGUUUUCCGCUGGAACCGCUGAAAAAAAGAAGGGUGGGCAGACUGUGGAUUCUAACCUUCCCCUUCUAAGUGUAUCUGAUCCUUUCAUUCCUCUUCAAGUACCUGAUGCACCAGAAAAGCUAAUUGAGGGACUCAAAUCUCCUGACACUUCUCUUCUGCUCCCUGACCUCUUGCCUAUGACAGAUCCUUUUGGUAGCACUUCCGAUGCUGUAAUUGAAAAAGCUGAUGUUGCUGUUGAGAGUCUCAUACCAGGACUGGAGCCCCCGGUGCCCCAGCGCCUCCCAUCUCAGACGGAGUCUGUGACCUCGAACCGCACAGAUUCUCUCACCGGGGAAGAUUCCCUGAUCGAUUGCUCUCUGCUUUCUAACCCUACUACUGACCUUCUGGAAGAGUUUGCCCCCAUAGCGAUCUCUGCUCCAGCCCAUAAAGCUGCAGAAGAUAGUAAUCUCAUCUCAGGUUUUGAUGUCCCUGAGGGCUCGGACAAGGUGGCAGAAGAUGAGUUUGACCCUAUUCCUGUAUUGAUAACCAAAAACCCACAAGGUCUCCAGAGAGAGCCCAAUCCCUGUCCUGUAAUAACUGUAGAGCACUUUAAAGAAUCAGCAGGAGUUAAAGGCCUUCCCCUGUAUCCAGAUCCCUCCAGAGUACCUGACACGAAAACGCAAAACAAUUUAGAAUCCGACUACUUGGCCAGAGAUGGCCCUUCAAGCAACAGCUCCUUCCACAGCAGCGAAGAGGAAGGGACUGACCUCGAGGGGGACAUGCUGGACUGCAGUGGGUCUCGACCUCUCCUCAUGGAAUCUGAAGACGAAGACGAGAGUUGCAAACCCCCACCGGGGAAGCUGGGAGGAGCCACUCCCUUCCCUCAGCCAGAGCUCUCCUCUGAGCAAGCAAAGGCCGUGCAGAGUGGAAGAAAGAGCCAGUUCCAAGCCCUCACCCAGCCAACCACCGAUGGUGUUGGUGAGCCAGAUGUUUUUGCCACAGCCCCCUUCAGGAGCUCAAGGGUUCCAGCUGAUGAAAUGGACAUUUUCUCCAAAGCCCCAUUUGUCUCCAAGGGCAGCGUGGCUCCUUCCCAGCCAGAGGAGGCGGAUGUGUUCCUGAGAGCUCCUUUUACCAAGAAGAAGAGUGUGGAGGAGUUAACGGUUGCCCAGAGUGCCCCCCAGGAGUCGCCCACGCAGGCCGGUCUUCUCGGGCAGACAGAUGAGGUCUCCCUGCUCCCAGGCCUCGACAGAGCAGUGUACGCCUCUGUUCGAUCUCAGUAUUCCGUGGCUGGUUUUGCCCCACAGUCCACCCUCCCCUCCCAUUCUGUGCAAGCAGCAGACCAUCCUGACAGCAUCUCACCCAGGGGAUCCUCCCUGGAAUCGGGGGGCCAUGCUAAUGACAGAAACAAAGGACUUCAGCCUCAGAAAGAAGCUGUCUCAGGCCCCAUGGCUGGCAAACCAUUCCGCCCCCAGUCUUUAUCCAAAUACUCCCGUCACUAUAGCCCAGAAGAUGAGCCAAGUCCUGAAGCCCAGCCCAUUGCUGCCUACAAAAUUGUUUCGCAAACCAACAAGCAGUCCAUAGCUGGCUCUGUUUCCAUCACAUCCCUUUCCUCCAGGACUACGGAGCUGCCAGCCGCUGAUCCUUUUGCUUUAGCACCCUUUCCUUCCAAAUCGGGCAAGCAGAAACCUUAGGAGCAAUGCCUGAGCCUUAGGCCUCUGUCUCGACUCCACCCUCAAUAACCCACCGCACCUCUCCCAGCUGAGCCUUCGUAAGAAGAAAUAUAUCAAUUAUCUUUCAGUUCCCUGGGUCAGAGCAGGUCAUCGGUCAGCAAACUCAGCUGCAGUGAUACUUAGUCAAAACCCCUGUAAGUAUGCUCAUGUCCUUUUUUAUAUUGAUUUCUGGACUUUCAGGCCUUUCCAUCUCCACCUCUACCCAGAACUCGGCUCGCCCUCCUCCCCUGGAAACUGUUUAAAUCCAGAAAUCCUUCACCCUAACCCCAAAGGGGCCAUGUUAUUGCUAGUCCUGUUCUGAGUCAUGUACAUUGAGGAGUCAAGAUUAGUCCCUCCAGGACUUGAUUUAAUACUCUUGAAAAGGGGAUAUUUCUGGAAAGAAAUGCAAGAUGAAAAUCCUGCACAUCAAGAGGAAGUGUAAGCCUGCAGAUAUAAUCAUUCCUGUCAAGCCAGCAGCUCUAGGAUUCUCCGCAUCUGUUUCCGAGUCUGCGCCAGCCAGGCUGGCCCUCUUUCGUGCGUGUCUGUGGGUGUUAGUGUGUGUUAGAUCUUUUCCAAUGUAGAAAUGCAAACAUGAGCUAUCUGGGCAUACGUCUCAGUGUUGAGCCUUCCCCACAUCCAUGCCGGUUUGUAAAUCAGUAUAUGAGUGCACAGGUGUGUGCGCAUGUGCAUGCAUGUGCACGGGUAUGUGCACACAGGAAGCAUUUUUUCUGUAGGAUAAUCCUGUCCCACCAUGCCUACCUCCACAAUCACUCAUUUACUGGCAUUUGUCUCCUGCACUAACUGACUUGAAACCCUAUUUUUAUUUCUUUUCUCGUGGCAAAAUUGACUUCAUUGGAAGGUAUAGGAAAAUCCUGCUGAAACAGGCUUCAGAGUAGAUUUCUUUUUCUCCCCAAUUUGCUAUUUGUGAUUAACAAAUUUCAUUCACCUGGUCAUGAAAAAUUAAUUAUUUUUCCACAUUUUCUCCUCAGAACAAUACAAAAGAGCACCUGAGUACAGUUUCAAUCACUGGGUGUGUGGUCUUAGUAACUUUUAAAAGGUACUUAAAAGCCUUAGGUCUGAACCCUCCAUGCUGUGAUCAUGAGACUGGGCUACACACUAGGUUUGCUCGUUUGUUCCAGACCCUUGCCGUUUUUCUCCACUGCCUCUUGCGGAAGUGUAAAUCUGCAACUUGUGAAUAAGUUUGUAUGAGAGGAUGGAAAAGAGCUGAAUCUGUUAGCUGUGGAAACCUUUCUUCUUUCUCCUCUUUAGAUGUUGAAGUAAGCCGGAUAAAUGACUGACUUGUGUUUUUGAAAUGUGUUCUCUUUUUGGAAUGAUCUGACUCAUUCCUAGCCGUUUUUGUACCUUUAUUAUUAGUGCCUUAAAAUGAAAUUUCUGUCUCGGGAAGACUUCUGCUGAGGAUACUCAACUUAAAGGGAAGAGCUGCUAUACCGUGUUUCAACGUGAAAGCUUCCUGUGACUUACGGUAAAUGUUAGGGAUUUUUUCCCCCAUUAGCUGGAGAAAUUGGGUGAGUUGCUUACCAAACAAGAUGAAUGAUUUAAGAAUUCCAGGAAAGUCAUCCAAGAAUCAAGCCUGAGUGUCAAAUUCUAUUGCACUUGAUGAGGUGUGGUAGUCUUUAUAUUUAAAGUUCAUGGAUCUUGGCAGUAAAAUAUUAACAACUGCCUCUUAAGACUUUUUCUAGUUUUGUCUCCACCUAUUUCAAAUGUCCAGGUUAAAAGAUAAAUAAUUGGCACUGGGUCAGGGCUACCAGCAAUGGUUUUCCAACUGAGGUUUCUUUGUGCCAGAGACAAAUGUCUUUCACUUUGUUAGAUGCUCAGUGUUCAUUGUAACAGUUUUCUUUCUCCCAAUGAUCAUUUCUGAUUUUUCUGUGUAACAGUGGAUGCAAAAUUAUCUUUCCAGUUGAGUGAAUUCCUUUUAGCUAAUGCAUAUGGAACUUUGCACCCCAAACUCUUCCCUUUGAUAUUAUCAAUUAAAACCCUCACAGGCAGGAAUCAAGAGGAUAGGAAUAUUCAGGAGAGUUCUCACCCCAAAUCAGAAGCUCUAAAAAAGUCAAUCAUUCUGAUUCACUCUUCCAAAUAUUCAGGAUUACUACCUCCAUAAAAGACCUGCAAAUGUUUUUCCUUUGAUUAUUUGAUCAUAUCCUAAUCAAGUAGCCAUUUUAGUUCUCAAGAUAAAGUCAAUAAAAUCAUUGUGAUUUUUAUUAUGUAGUUGAAUCAUUUGUCAAGUAUGGACUGGUAACCUGUUUUUAUUCUCACUGGAGACCUAUGAUGGUUGGAGACUCUAAAUACCUUCUUUGAAUAGGAAAUUAAUAUAAACACAUACAAAUUACUGUUGUAUUACUGACACAGGAAACUUUUUUUUUACUAUGGGAUUACAUUAAUUAUUAGCUUACAUAACUGGUGAAUUCUGCAUGAUCUUCUUUGGAUCAUAUAGGAUAAAUGCAUCAUUGAAAGAUAAAAUGUUCUUGCCAGAAGCCAUCCUGAAUCUGGAAAUCUGGAAAAUUUAGUUUUAAGGGAAUCAGGAGUGCUCAGGGUGCUUUGAAUUAGUAGUAAAUGCAUGUUUCCAACAACUAUGCUGCAGUAGGUUAACAUUAAAACUAAAAAGGAAAUAUAUAGUCAACAAAAAACUGCACUUUUUUUUAGUUUGUUUCAUGUGUUACUUGCUUUGCACAUCUGAUAGGAAAUGCAGGAACUUGUGGCCUUUCAGUGGAGCGCAGUGAGCCAGAAUGUAUUUAGAACAAAGCAUUGAAUCACAAUAUGUACUGAUGAACUCAUAAAGAAUUCCCACUAAUUGACUAACAGGCAUUGUUGAAAUAAUGAAUUAUCUCAUGUGUGGUGAAAAUAUUUAACAUAUCUGCUUCUUGGGCUCACAUACAGCCCAUAGUUCCAAACCCUUGUUAGACUGGGAAAUUGAAUGAACAAAAUUUGAUGCUAAAGCAGAUGCUUGGCAGGACCCAAGGGAAUCUAGGUCAUAGACUCUAUUUCAUUUUGGGCCCAUUCAUUGUUGAGUUGAAAAUUUCAUAUGUGUAGGUUAAUGAGUAUGUGUUUAUAUGCCCAUUUUAGCUCUAAGUUUAACUUGGCAACCAAGAUAUUUCUUUCUAAACUUCCAGGAAAAAUACCAGUAUCUUAUUGACCUAUUAUUUAAGUUUUAGAAUACAUGUAUAUCAGUGUUUUCAACAUGUCUAUAUGAUAUUCAACAGACAUUUCACAGACUCAUAAAGUAGCAGGUUUCAGUUUAUUUAAAAUAAGUGUAAUCACCAGACUGAUUUGACAAUAGGAAUUCAAUCAUGCAGUAUUUGAUUCCAUAAAGAAAAGUCAUCAAGGCCUAGAUCUUAUAAUAUGUAUGAAUUAUAUAAAAUAGGAAACUAUCAUAUAGGAAACUAAAGAAGGGUAGGAGCAAACUCUUUAACAGGAGGGAUACAACUUAAAAUAGAAUCACUUAGGUCCCUUUAAUAAAUGUUAUACUCUGUUAUGUCUUUGGAAUUGAAAUUGGAGAACACUUGCCAGUCAACUGUGGAACGGCUGUUGUCCACACAGAUGCAGUUUUUGAGAAAACUGAAAAAUUUCUGAAAAAUAUGAAACCCAGGUUACGUUGAUUAAAGGUACAUAGGAGAGCUGCUGCAAGGGCCACAGCUUCUAAGGAGGCAAGGAGCACCUUGUAAGUGCCAGAGCCACCCCUGAGUCCUGAUCCUCAAAUCUUGCCUGAUGGAGUAAACAUGACGAUUUUAAAUGAAAUUAUGUAAUAUAAAUUCUUAGUUUUUCCAAUGCCUUUGUCAACUAUUACUUGUAGUUUGUUUUGUUCUUUUUUUGUUUUAACCACCAGGACACUUGCAAACUUGUGACUUGUGAAGUUCACUUAAGGAGGAAUUCAAAAUGCUUGAAAAUAAAAGGUAGUACCUAGUUGGGAAUUGUUUUUGUGUUCUUUUGCUACAAAAUAAACUUGCCAGGUUGCUGAGAGCACCAAGCUGGCUCAGUUUAGGUGUGGGAAUUUACACCGGCAGUGUCUUGAGGCCCAGAACGCCACCUUGCUCUCUGACGUCCUGGUCCUACCGGCCUCAGUAGCAGCUUGAUUUUUAUUAGGAAACAGGCCUCCCACGUGUGGUGCCCAAGAUCCCAUCAUCAAGACACUGGCAGACAUAGCUCUUUCCUGUUCUUUCUUUACCUCUGCAAGUCUUCUUGGCUCAUGUUCCUUUUCCUGUUCCCACUUCAUUUCCUCACAUGACAUUCUCCUAUUAUGACCACACCAGUAGGUAGAUAAGAGGUAUGAAUGAAUGAUCAUGUUAGUUUUAACUUGCCUUCCUUUUUACUGGAAGCAAUGUCUUAAGUUUCAGCCUAGCCUGUGCCAGUCUCACCACACUGGAAUAAUUCAACGUAAGAACGAAGUGGCUCACCUUCCCUGUUCCUUACAGAUAGAAGAAAGGAUGAGGGAGGUUGGCAGAACUCCAGCCUUACUCCGUGAAAACACAACCCAAAAGUAUCUCUUCACCUCAAUCUAACAUAGGCCCAGAGUGCCCUGGAAUGCAGGGGCAAGUUUAUGUGUGAAGGACUCUAGAACAGCUUGUAAGAAAGGCUAAAUGUUAACCAACACAUUGGUGGCUUGGUCCAGUGUUCCCAUAACUUGUAAUUACAUAAGAAAUUUAGUCUGAGCUACUUCCCAGCAAUCUCAGUAUGUACUGAGUUUAUAGUAACAGUGUUUGGUUCUUGAAAUCAAGUCAAUGUUAUCUGUAUUACAUUGUAAUAUAACCAUAUAUGCACGUUAAAGGGAUCUGUGUGAUUCCUUCGGGCAAGGAAUUAUAGAAAUGGUUUUUACCAGUGUCAGUUAAAGUGAGACUUUGAGAGUGAAAGAAGAUGAUGUAGCCUUUUCACUCUGAAAUGGCAAGUCAGUUGUAUUUUCUUGAGUCUACCAAAGACUCCUGUUUGGGGAGUGUGAAUGGAGUGUGUGUGUGUGUGUGUGUGAGUGUGUGUUUACCCCAUGCUUUCUGCCAUGGUGUUAACUUAAGACCUCCUAAUAAAGGCAUCCAAAGAAUCCCAAGAGGUGACAGUGGGUAGCCGGCAUGAGUAAAUUUGGUUCCAUUGGUCAACAGCUCUCUGAGUAAGAACUAAAGUUGUUCUAGGUAAAUCAGCCAUUGCCUGAGCCUCAUUUCCACAAUAAGCAUGCUCUUCUCGUCCUCAAGAAUGAAACUCAGUAGGGUUUAUCCUGAAUUCUUGGCUUAUGUGUAGUGCUGGGAGGGAAACAGUGACCAGACCACCACAAGGCCUGCAAGAUACUACUUUGAAAGAGAGAAUGUUUCAGGUCAUUUCUUAGGGACUGGAAACCAAAUAUGGGCCAGGGACCAUGCUCAUUCCAUGGGGAAGAGGCAAACUCCCUUUGCUGACUGUAUUUUGAAUUGACCGAAUGAGGAGGUUGACCCAGAUGAAAGGAGUAUUGAGGCCCCCAGACCUCAGAAAAUAUGUGCAUGCAAUCUCAAGGGCUGUGAACAUGCAAAAGGAAGGGAAAAGACAAUUAUAAAGUCAAUCUUAGUUUUUGCAAUACCUCUUAUUUGCAGACUAUUGGAUUUAUGUUAUUGCACUCCGUGUGAUCUAUCUUAUGUAUCUGAUAGUUUUUAUGAAUUGUUUGAGUUGUAAACUCCUAUAUACUUUAUUAAAAUGGACCUAAUUAAAAUAA